CAUAAUUAUUUGUUUGUAGAAUUGGCACAUCCACAAACUCGCGAAUGGCAAAUACUCUCGCCGUAUCUAAUAUUGUCAAUAACUUUUGGAUAUUUAUAUUUUAUUCUUUAUGCUGGUCCUCACUAUAUGAAAAAUCGACCACCGUAUAAAUUGAAAAACUUUAUAUUGCUUUAUGAUUUUAUUCAAAUUGUGAUAAAUGCAUGGUUUGUAAUGGAAUUUAUAUCUGCUGGUGUGUUUACAAAGUACAUUCCAACCUGUUCCAAUUCAAAUUUUGACGCUUCCGAUGCGACUAAAAUACUAAAUAUGAUAUGGGGGAUAAUCCCUCUGAAACUUUUUGAUUAUGUUGAAACCUGUGUAUUUGUGUUGAGAAAGAAACAGAAUCAAGUAUCUAUUUUACAUGUUUACCAUCAUGUAUCCAAUGUAAUAUUUGUGUGGUAUUUUUUGAAGUACACACUUGAUGAAAGAGCGGCAUAUAUCGCAUAUAUUAAUUGUGCCGUGCAUGUAAUCAUGUACAUACAUUAUUUCAUGACUGCAUGGAAUCCAAAACUCCAACGAAUGAUACUUUUCAUUAAACCAUUUAUAACUAGGCUACAAAUGGUACAAUUUGUUGCCAUAAUACUAAUUAUGAUACAAAGUUUUGAUCCAAAAUGCCAUAUGUCAAAACAAAACAAAAAAAUUGCAUUUAUGUUUAUUAUAAAUGUAUUAAUAUUUUUAUAUUUAUUUUAUGAUUUUUAUAAGAAAAAUUACAUUAAGGCAUCUAAACAAAAAAACAAUUAAUGUCAAGAAGUAAUUCUGCGAUUGCGUUCCGAUGAUUUAUUCACUGUAAAAUAUUUGCGUUUUGAUAUAUGCGAUAGAAAGGUUUCAGAAUAUCUUCAUAUCUAAUGUCGAUAACAUAGAUUAUCAUUUUCUAUUUUUGUUAUUGCGUCUUGCAAGGCAAGACUGCGGUAGAAAAAUGGGUAGCGCCUACGAAGGACAUGUGUUUUAAUAGAUACUGCAAAUAAUCACACGAUUAUUUUGAACAAUAAAAAUCUGAUGAUUUCAUUAAGCACUUUGCAAAUUAA